ACGGCGCGUUCGCGCGCAGGAAGGGCCGCAGCCGCCAUCUUGUUUGCUUGGGCGAGCGGCUCGGCUCCGUUCGGCUCUGCUCGGCUCGGCCCGCCUUGACUUCGGCUCAGCUUCGGUUCGGUCCGGCGCCGCUCGGCUUGGUUCGGGCWCGGCCCGGCCCGGCUCGGCUCGGCAGGAGCAGCGAGCGGUCCCCGGGCCCGGAGCAGGGUUUGCACUUUGUUUUAGACAUCUGGGACCAUGUUCUAUGCCCACUUUGUCCUGAGCAAGCGUGGGCCGCUGGCCAAAAUCUGGCUGGCGGCCCACUGGGAUAAGAAGCUGACCAAAGCCCAUGUUUUUGAAUGUAAUCUGGAGAGCAGCGUGGAGAGUAUCAUUUCCCCAAAGGUGAAGAUGGCACUUCGAACCUCAGGACAUCUCUUACUAGGCGUUGUUAGAAUCUACCACAGGAAAGCAAAAUAUCUUCUUGCAGACUGUAAUGAGGCAUUCAUUAAGAUUAAGAUGGCUUUYCGUCCAGGAGUUGUUGAUUUGCCUGAGGAAAACAGAGAGGCUGCUUACAAUGCUAUUACCUUGCCCGAGGAGUUUCAUGAUUUUGACCAACCACUUCCUGAUCUAGAUGAUAUUGAUGUGGCUCAGCAGUUCAGUUUGAACCAGAGUAGAGUGGAAGAAAUUACAAUGAGAGAAGAAGUAGGCAACAUCAGUAUCCUCCAGGAUAAUGACUUUGGUGACUUUGGGAUGGAUGAUCGUGAGAUGAUGAGAGAAGGUAGUGCAUUUGAGGAUGACAUGCUAGUGAGCACUAGUGCUUCCAAUCUGCUUCUGGAACCUGAACAGAGCACCAGUCACCUCAAUGAGAAAUCUAAUCACCUGGAAUAUGAAGACCAAUACAAAGAUGAUAAUUUUGGAGAAGGAAAUGAUGGUGGAAUAUUGGAUGACAAACUUCUCAGUAAUAAUGAUGGGGGUAUUUUUGAUGACCCCCCUGCACUCUCAGAAAGUGGAGUUAUGAUGCCAGAGCAGCCUCCCCAUGAUGAUAUGGAUGAUGAUGAUAAUGUAUCAAUGGGAGGACCGGACAGCCCGGACUCGGUSGAUCCUGUGGAACCGUUACCAACCAUGACUGAUCAGACAACGCUUGUUCCUAAUGAAGAGGAAGCUUUUGCUCUGGAGCCUAUUGAYAUAACUGUCAAGGAAACCAAAGCAAAGAGGAAGAGAAAGCUGAUUGUGGACAGUGUGAAAGARCUGGACAGCAAGACUAUUCGAGCCCAAUUAAGUGACUACUCUGAUAUUGUUACUACUUUGGAUUUGGCACCUCCUACUAAGAAAUUGAUGAUGUGGAAAGAAACUGGUGGAGUUGAAAAGCUUUUCUCUCUGCCUGCACAGCCUUUGUGGAAUAACAGAGUACUGAAGCUCUUCACUCGCUGUCUUACACCUCUGGUACCAGAAGACCUGAGAAAGAGGAGGAAAGGUGGAGAAGCUGACAAUCUUGAUGAGUUCCUUAAAGACUUUGAAAACCCAGAGGUUCCUAGAGAGGAGCAGCAACAGCAACAGCAGCAACGAGAUGUCAUUGAUGAACCUAUUCUGGAAGAACCAAGCCGUUUACAAGAGUCGAUGAUGGAGGGCAGCAGAACCAACCUGGAUGAAUCUGUUAUGCCACCCCCGCCAGCUCAGACAGGUGUUAAACGCAAACUGCAGCAAGUAGAACCAGAGCCAGUGUUACCCCAUCCACCAUCACAACAGCUGGAAAUACCACCUGUAGAAAUGCCUCCAGAAGAGCCCCAAAACAUCUGCCAGYUAAUACCAGAACUAGAACUUCUGCCAGAAAAAGAGAAAGAGAAGGAAAAGGAGAAAGAGGAGGAAGAAGAAGAAGAAGAAGAAGACGGCACAGGGGGUGAUCAGGAUCAAGAAGAAAGGAGAUGGAACAAGAGGACUCAACAAAUGCUCCAUGGACUUCAGAGAGCUCUUGCUAAGACUGGAGCAGAAUCUAUCAGUUUGCUUGAGCUGUGCAGAAAUACGAAUAGAAAACAAGCAGCUGCAAAGUUCUACAGUUUCCUGGUACUGAAAAAGCAGCAAGCUAUAGAGCUGACRCAGGAGGAACCCUACAGUGACAUCAUUGCCACCCCUGGUCCCAGGUUUCACAUUAUCUGAAUGGUUACUUAGAGCAGAGCUAGUGCUCGUCUCACCAGUGCGUGUGUAUGUGUAUUGCCCCGUCCGUAGGGCCCACAAGACCAUUGCAGAAAAUUUAGAUUUUAUUGUCUGUAUAAAGUCCUUGGUUUUCUCUUGGGGUUAUUUUGGGGUUUGUAUUUUAACUUUACCACUCAAAUUUUUAGUGAAAUUGCUGGGGUGGGUGACUUGAGUUCCAGCUUCAGAAACCAGACAUCUCAAGUGCCCAGAUAAAGAUUGUUUUAACAGCUCGGAGCAGAUGUGUGCAAUAUUGGUGCAUGUGAUGUUGAGUAUCAAUGAAAAUGUCUUACAAUAAUUUGACUAGUUGAUUCARUAGAAAUAUUUUUAACCUAUACAAGUAAAUCUGAAUGGCCAACCWAUUGUCUGAUUAAAAACUUUGCCAAACUCAUUUGAAAUGUUCAGUCUGCUUCUCACAGUAGUUAGAUUUUUUCCCCUUCUCCAGAUCUUUGUGCAUACUGUGGGUCUCUUAAAGCUGCCAAUAUGAAAGGUAGUGCCUGAUACGUCAGCUUGCUGUGUCACUGCAUUUUUGCAGUCAGAUUUUUGUAGCCCUUGAUGCUAAGGGGAAAUGAGUGUCUGUGGAAAUCACUUCUUCUACGUGAUACGUGAAAGGACAGAACAUGUGAAGCAUUUUAGACGAAACAUUCCUUUUCAAUGAUCACCUUGUUAUGGUCCACUACUGAUAAUGGCUAAUUACUGUUAAUAAGUGACAAAUGAAAACUAGUCAUUUCAUUUAAACUUUUAAGAAAUCAUAAUGCUUUAGGUUUGUUAGAGCUGUAUAUAAACUCCAGACUUU